AUGUCAGGAAAAUACAGAGUCCAGUGGAAUAUCCAGAGGGGCGAUGUCUCCUUGACCAUCUUAAACACUGAGGAAGGGGACAGUGGGGUGUACUGCUAUCGCAUGGAGGUUCCUGGCUGGUUCAAUGAUGUCAAGAGGAACAUUCAGCUGGUGCUGAGGAAAGCCCCAACAACUACCAGACAAACAAUAACCUCCGGCCAAACUACCACCCCUCAUUUGCUGCCAACAACUGUGUUGCCCACAACAGGCAUGGCUAUAGCAACCUCCAAGCCAGCCACCACCCCACACAUGCCUACAACCAGAGCUGCAGAGCCAACACUGUUGACUACAAUGACCUCCCUCCAAGCCACCACCCCUCUCAUGCCAACAACUACAACUGUGCCGUCGACAACCCCCGUGACUGCACGUGAGCACACAGCCAGAGCCCACUUCAGACAAAGGCCACCUCUGUCUUCCCAACAACAGCACCCCUGUGCCCCCUGACAAGGCCAAGCUUUGCAACAGGGAUAGCACUGGAGCCAUCCAUGGAAGGGCCCAU